CCCGGCUUCCGAAGACUCAAGACAUGAACUCUACUGUAAUUCCACCUGAAACAGCCUUCGUGUUAAAUAACCCAACCAGGGACUCAUUUAACACAGCCCUGGCAAAGAAUAUCAUUGUUGUGUUUGUCUGGCUGUGUCUCAGUUACAUCAAUGCCACUGUAGUCCUCACAUUCUUCAGAAACCCCAUAUUUUCCGAGGAGCCCCGCUACAUUCUGUUUAUUCACAUGGUAAUCAAUGAUGCUGUUCAGCUGACUGUUACAGUGACUUUAUACAUUGUAAGUUAUGUUUUCUUCAAAAUCAAUGUCUCCUUCUGCAGCGUUCUGAUAUUGCUUGCUCUGUUUGCAACUAUGAACACUCCUCUGAAUCUUGCAGCGAUGGCUAUUGAGCGUUACGUAGCCAUCUGCAACCCCUUGCGUCACUCUCAGAUCUGCACCGUCCGCAGGACAUGCAUUCUCAUUGCUCUGAUCUGGGUUGCAGGUCUCGCUCCUUUGUUAUUCGACUGGGUAGUUUUUUUUGCAACCGAAUCUUUAAGUUUUUUUCACUCAUCUAUUUUCUGUAUUCAUAGAAAUAUGUUUAGGUCACCUUUAUUAUAUUAUAAAGGUCAGGCAUUUGAUAUCUUGUACUUCUCUUUUGUUUCUCUCACUAUAAUUUACACUUAUUUGAGGAUCAUGUUUGCAGCAAGGGCAGCCACCACUGACAGAUCUUCUGCUGCGAAGGCUCGCAACACCAUCCUGCUGCACGGAGUCCAGCUGUUAAUGUGCAUGCUGACGUAUGUAACACCUCACAUAGAAUUGGCUCUAUUGUAUAUUUUCCAAGGACGUAUUUCCGAUAGUCGAUACGUUACUUAUUUGGUGGUUUACAUUUUACCAAGAUUCCUGAGUCCAAUAAUCUAUGGUCUCAGGGACAAGAAGUUUAGAAAAUACUUGAAAAGGUACUUUGUAUGUAAACCUCAAAAAGUCCAGCCGGUUGACAGGUAAUUCCGCACCCAUUCGCACUGGCUCUGUAAGUCAAACACUUUGAGUAGAGUAUCUCUUUAUAGUAUUUGUAUUACAAAGAGCUCAGGUUCAUGCAUAGAAUAGUCUGGAGCAGGGGGAGUGUAUUCAACGUUUAUGAAAUCCAUAGUUAGCUCCUUUGCACAGGAGUGUCUUCAGGGUCUUCCCGUCUGCAUUGUACAUACAGACUUUAAGGACCGUUUCAACUCAUGUUUUGUUAAGGACUGUGUGUUUUUAAGUGCAUUUUGAUGAACUAAGUAGAGUUUUCAGUUCACAAACCCCCUUUAAAACUGGUUUCUAGAAGGUUAGAAGAUUACCCUCAGCAGUAAUUGCCUUUGAAUGAAGCACCACGUGCUGUGGGCGCCAAUGUACCGUUUGCAUUGACUUCAGAAGUAACAUUUACCUGCAAGCAGUGGAUUUCCAAAUUGAAAUGUGGAAUAAUCGUGUGUUAUCUUACUUUGUUGCUGCAGACUCAGGACAACCCUGCAAAUUCAAGGUCUGCGGUUUAUUUCAGUUGAGAGUCUCCUGCAUUGAGUGUGGUGUUGAUUUGGAAUGCUCUGUCACCAGACACUUGCAGACUGAAGUUUGCAAGCUCUGGGAUGUGCUUGAAUUGGGUUUGUGUGAUUGCUGUAACGCCUGCCUCCUGCAACCCCAGCCUCCUACUUCCCUUUGGUUAAACUCAUC